AUCGAAAUGAAAGUGAUACUAAAACUAUAAAGCCACAACUCCAAUUAAACUACGAUGACAUAUUUAAUAGUCCAGCAAAUCUCAAUAUUCGGCAGAAACUAGUUUCUGAAUUAAAGAAAUCACUCGAGCCAAACUAUCGCCCUUCCGUUUUCCAAAUCACAAGAUGGCUAAGCAGUUUACAUAAAUCUCGACGUUCUCAAAACAGAUUAAGGCAAACUG